AUGGCGCCGCGGGCAGGCGCGGGCGCGGCCAGCAGCAGCAGCUCACACUCACGCACGCGCAGUGUACGUGCAGUGUACGCACCUGGUCCGUCUCGCCGUACGAGUCGAAGUAGGGCGCGGGCAACAUGGCGCAGCGGGCAGGCGCGGGCGCGGCCAGCAGCAGCAGCUCACACUCACGCACGCGCAGUGUACGUGCAGUGUACGCACCUGGUCCGUCUCGCCGUACGAGUCGAAGUAGGGCGCGGGCAACAUGGCGCAGCGGGCAGGCGCGGGCGCGGCCAGCAGCAGCAGCUCACACUCACGCACGCGCAGUGUACGUGCAGUGUACGCACCUGGUCCGUCUCGCCGUACGAGUCGAAGUAG